CUUUACUGCAUGAAUUGAACCGAAUCCAUGCUUUUAAAAGAAAUGCAGUUUGAAAAUUGAAAUUUCAAAGUUAGGGACCACCCUUAUAAAAAUUUACACGUAGGUAGAUAUCUAUACCUAAACCUAUGUAGUAUGCAACUUGCAUUUUCUCGAUCUCUAAUCACAAAUACAAAGUGAGUCAUUUUCGUUUUAAAAUACGUCCCCACCCACUCGACUCAUCAAUCAUACAAAUAAUAAUUUAUGUAAAAAUGAAAUCAAUGCAACAUAAAUUCAAUAGUUUAGGUGGUACCAGAUAAGAAUAAGGUACCUAAUCUUUACAGAGUGAAUGUACCUAGACCUAGAUACCUAUUUUCUUAUCAUCGAGAUUCUUUGGAAGGCAUUUCGAUACGUAAUCAUUUAGACAAAAUAUCCGUUUGUGUACGUGUGUAUAGUAAAUUCAAUUAACCGUAUCAGUUCCGUGCACACCUUAUAGAUAAGGUACGACGUCUACGUACUUCCUAGAGCAUCGAAAAUUGAAUUUUAGAUAACUUCGAUGAUUGCAACUUUUCGACAAAACUCAUCAGAUAUUUUUAACAAAAAAAGUGAGAUAAUAUUUGUGUCUACUUAUACUUAUAAUGAAUCACAUUCUAAUACGUAAGUAUCAGUUUUGGUUUAGAAUUAAAGCUUGUAUGAUGUGUAACUAUAACCUUUAGUGAAAGUGUUCAAAGUAGACAACAAAAUUUAAUGCUCCAGUGCAAAUGUACUAAUGAAUAAGUGCCAAGAAUAAAUUUUUAAGAAGAAUAUUGACCACUUCGAAGCUAAAAUGAACUCUGAAAAGGAACCCUUGCUACCAUCCAAGAGACCAUUCAUGAAUUAUUCCAUAUCACUCGAGCAACUGAUACUGAUCAUCAUCAUAAUCCUGCCAACACUACCACCAGGAAUGUCAGCCGCAUUUUCAGCGAUUGCUCUACCAAAAUUAGAGCUAAAUUUGGAGCAAUCUUCGUGGUUCGCUAGUUUACCUGUAGUAGGCUCAGUACUUGGGAACAUAUUAACCGGCUACGUAAUCGAUAGAUAUGGUAGAAAGAAGGCUUUUUUCGUCAACACCAUACCAGCAUUCAUCGGAUUAAUUUUUUUGACGGUGGCUGGAUCUGUAGAAGUGGCCUAUCUUUACAUUGGUCAACUAUGUACUGGAAUAUCUCAAGGAGCGGUUACUUAUGCAGGAAAUGUUUACAUAGCAGAAAGCUUGGCAGCGGAUAAUUUACAUUUUAGAGGUAGCUUGGCGUCGUGGAAUUCAUUGGGAGUGGUUUUUGGCUUAACUAUGACUUACGUUUUAGGAUAUUUUGUACUUUACAAAACUGUAGCUUUAAUUGGAGCUUCGAUCGCGUUAAUAUCAUCGAUACUGGUAUUGGUUUUUAUACCGGAGAGUCCUGCCUGGCUUGAUCAACAAGGCAGGUUCAAAGAGGCUCAUCAAGCUAGAUAUAAAUUGGGUUCCACUCACAAAUCGACAAAUUAUGUGUUCAUUGGCGGUAACGUGAACUCUCAACGAGAUGACCUGUCCUCUUACUUAUUGAAAAUAGCUAGAAAGGAUGUCCACAAGCCACUAUUGAUUACAGUAUUGUACUUCUUUUUCCAACAGUUCUCAGGCACUCAGGUCUACUCUGCUUAUAUGGUGGACGUAAUCAAUGUUAAAUCCUUACCCAUUGAUUCCUAUCUGACCACUCUGAUUUGUGGACUUAUCAUGAUGUUGGGCCAAAUCUCGUAUACUGUUUUCUUACCAAAACUAGGAGUAAGAAAAAUCGCUAUUUUAUCCUCGCUAUUGGCAAGUUUGACCACAUUUAUAUUGGGAUUAUGUAUUCAUUUGAGUGAUACAGAUUCUGAGUAUUCUCACAUCGCUGACUAUAUUCACAUUGUUUCGGUCUGGGCUAAUGUGUUUUUCAGUGCAUUGGGUAUUGCUACGGUUCCUUAUACGAUAUUGGGUGAAAUUUUUCCUACAGAUGCUAAAGGGUUCGCUUCGGUUUCUGUGUUUAGCGAUAGUGUGUUUUAUUUUAUUAAUUUAAUGGUUUUUCCUCGAGCAGUGGUGCUCUCAUCUUAUGGUAUUUUCUAUGUAUAUGGGAUGAUAGGGUUUUUGGCAGUGCCUUUUGUUUAUUAUUGUGUACCAGAAACCGUUGGACGUAGUUUGGAGCAAGUUUCUUAUGACUUUUAUACGUAAAGUGUUGUGAUUUGUGUAAUGUUUUUGGGAUCAGGUUUUUCAUCUAGUCGUUUAAUUAUAAGUAAUGUAUAUCGAGUACAAAUAAAU